AGAGAGAGAGAGAGAGAGAGAGAGAGAGAGAGAGAGAGAGAGAGAGAGAGAGAGAGAGAGAGAGGAAGUAGUGAACUCUGAGAAAACUGUGGGAGGACGCAGAGGGCAGAAAGUAGAGAGAAUAAGCAGAUGACAGUAAAUAAGAAAGGGAGAGAGAGAGAGCAAAAAGGAGAGAGAGAGAGAGAGCGAAAGAGAUGACUCAGUCUUGGAAAUUGUCAAGAGCGCAUGGAGAAGUAGAGAAAGAGAGCGGUCAUGUCUGCGUCAGCUAAAACCCGCUAAUGCGAUCAAGAUGAGUGUCUGCCGCUGCCGCUGCCUCUCGCGCCGCUUCGCGCGGGCUCUAUUCGUCCUUCUUUUUCAAAUUCUCAGCCUAUCUGCGGCCUAGUCAAGAAGCAGCUAUCACACCUGAUCUGAGAACUUGAACAUUUUCGAAAGAGAGGAAUCGGACGGGAAAAGGAGGUCAAGGAACGAACAGAACAGUUGGCUGUUCUUGGUGCAAGUUCUACAAAUGAAGACCUAGUUGACGCAAAUCGCUUCCUGGUCAUGGAAGCCUGGAUCUAACGCUGAAUGGGAACACUUUGAAAGCGCCAAGACAAAGUUCUGGUUCUCGGUGAGCAUUGGUUCUGUCACUCGUCAUCUUCUUGUGUUUCUCUCUGCUCCACAUCUGGGCGGUAGAAAGCUCACCCUGGAUGCGUGCGAUCUCAAUGUCCCAAAUGAGAGUUGUGUCAAGAGUGAUCUCACCCCCUGAAUGAGGACAGAGGGUAACAGGUCGUGACAUCACCAGCACCAAACAUCACCGACCGACAGACCGAGACACCAGCGAGGAGAAAAGACCAGCGUCGAGGACACAAGGUCUGCUUUAGCACUUUGUGUGGGCAUCUGUAGCAAGACUCUAUGGAAUAGCAGAGGUCGUCGGCCAUGCCUGUAGCCUUGCGCACAAGAAGCUGGGAGGAUCAUGUAACCCCACACUCGAGGAAACAGUACAGCUAUGACGACCUUGAUCUGGUUUGUUGCCAGGCAGGUGUUGGAGGCAGUGGUUCCCCCAGAGGUCGAAGACAGCGAGAGAGAUGCGCAUCGAUGCCAGAAUGUUGCCGUCAUCGUCCUGGCUUUGAAAACUGUCCUGGGGAAUACAUGACCAGGAGGAGGAAGACAUUAUCUGGUACAUUUAAGGGUAUAGGAGCUAGCUAUGAAGGUCAAAACAGUCAAACGUUUACCAAAGGUCACGCUUUUGCGACGACCAGAAAUGCAACGGCAGACGAAGACGUUAACCGAUCAAAAGCCAGUCCAUCAAGUCACAACCAUUCAGCAUCCAUUUCCAACCACUUGCUUUAUGAAAGCCUUGAUGAAAUACAUAAGAAAGAUGAAGACAUCACUAUCAAAACGAUGUCCACAUCCUCUGGCAGUUCUUCAGCAAAUGCUGCAGAAGGACAGGCCAAGAAAAUGGAUUUCACUACAACAGCUGAAACCAAGGAUGUCUCCAAGGACGAUGUUGAAAUCAGCUUUUCUGAAAUUCUCGCGAAUAAUGAAGUAACAACGGAAUUAACAGGAACACCUGAAAUAAACGGCGAGCCAAUGGUAGAAGACAACAUUGGUGAUGCUGUCGUAGAAGCAAGCAUGCUAGAUCACCAACAGGUAAUGAGGGUAGGUGUAGAAGCAACAAUCUUGGUCAAUCAUGGAUUUGAUUUGGAGGCUUCACUUGUACCUGAUGAUCAUAGUGAUGCCAUCACAAGUACUGACCUGACCACAGAGAUCAAGCAGUCUGAAGCUUCUCAAAUUCCCAAGAAUAGCGUUGUUCCAGAUGUUCUCAAUUCUAACAUUUCAAACUCUAACGAUGACCAGGUAUUCACAAGCGAAGAGGUUCUGCAGGUUCACAACCUCAACGCAUCGACAGAACUUGAGUUUUCCGCCUACGUAUCCGAAAGUACUAGUAAUCCUGACAAGUGCAGAGAGUGCGAGUCCAAGCUGGACACCAUUCACGAGGUAUCUUUUACCGAGUUGGGGGAGGAAACACUGGGUCUGCUGAUGGAGGACAACCCAACUUUGGUGGAUCUUAAGGGUGCUGGAAACAUUAAAGGAAGUUCUGUACAACUGGAGAUGCAGGAUACCCCAGAGGCAGGAUUUCUGGGAAACGACAUCACUGGGGUCUCAGCGGACUUCGAGUCUUCGUUACAAAGCAGAAUGGAAGCCUCUGAUCAUGUGAUGAUUCUUCAGACAAGUCCAAAUAUGGAUGAUGUAGAGAGAGACCCCAAACCUGAGGAAGUUCCUGUCAGGCUCCGAACACGGAAGAGCUCGCGGGAGGAUAAAGAGCGGGAACGGUCUCAGCUGGACUCCAUGGUUCUGCUCAUAAUGAAGCUCGAUCAGCUGGACCAAGAGAUCGAGGAUGCUUUAAGCUCCGCCCCCUCCCCCAAGGACACGCCCACUGCGAAGAGGCACUUCAUUUCUGAAGUGGAUUUGGUGUCACUGGAUGGAGAUGGAAGUCUCUCAGGGUCUUUGCGUUCCCUCAACGCUCCUCAUCAUCAGUCUUCAUCAUCGCUGUGUUCCGUCAGAAACAGGACAUCUGUUGCCUUAUCGGAAAAAGACCGAGCAGAACUCGAGGCGAAGGAGGCGUGUACGUGGCUCCGUGCCGCUGGUUUCCCCCAGUACGCUCAGCUCUAUGAAGAUGCUCAGUUUCCCAUCCAGAUCUCGUCAGUCACCAGAGAUCACGACUUUCUGGAUCGAGAUGCCAUCGAAGCACUUUGCAGGAGACUAAACACUCUCAACAAGUGUGCCAUGAUGAAGCUGGAGAUCACUCCUCAGAGAAAACAAAGUGAAGACUCGGAUGAAGACGAGCCCUGUGCCAUCAGUGGCCGUUGGACCUUCCAACGAGACAGCAAACGUUGGUCUCGUUUGGACCAGUUGGACCUGGAUGUCUUCACAUCUCCAGCGGGAGAUGCUGUUUCUGCCCCUACCUUCCUCUCCUCCCAGGAUCAGCGCCUGCCUGGGGGCCACCUGCUUCGGGAGAGGGUUAGUGCUAGUGCCGAAAGUGUGCUAACAGAUCUUAGCGAGCAGCCGGAGGUGGGAUCCUUGCACAGCGCCGGAAGCGGUGGUCAUGGAGGGUCACGUAGUAUUACGGUCCCGUCCAGCCCGGCUAACACCAAUUCCAAUGUCCCUACAGCCUCUACAACCCGUGCUAGCUCUGUUGCUAGCGUGUGCUCUUCUGGGACGUCCGGCGCCAAUGAGGAUUCGCUUUCUGAAGGGAUUCCAUCACCGCUUGAACAUGGAAAUUUUGCAUUUGAUGCCAGAACUUUCUCAGGAAGUAACGGAGAUAGUAAAAGCACACGGUCAAGGGCCAAGAGCUUCCUAAAGCGCAUGGAAAGCCUGCGACUGCGUAGUAGCAGCAUGUCUUCGAAGCGUAAAAAGAAGGGCGUGGUCAACAACGGAAGGCUGGAGAUUAGCGGUCCGGUGUUGAAGGAAGGUCUGGAUGAGGACAAGCUGCGACAGCUCAACUGUGUCGACAUUUCCACGCUGGAGCACACUGGGACCCACAACCGCAGCAUCUCCUACUCCACACAAACGAGCAGCGGAAGCACAGGCAGCAGCCAUUCAGAGACGAGCAGCGGGAGUGCCGUGAGUACGCCCAGUCCGAUCACAAGGGCACGGAGCCACAGCACCGCAGCCGGCUCCAUAAAGCGAGUUGGGAUGUACCUAGAAGGGUUUGACCCGUUCAGUCUUGUUCAGGAAAAUGAGAACCUCGAGAUCCGGAACUUUGGGAGGAAACCUGAACCGAGCAUGACCACAGAGAACAAUCUACGGAACCGUAAUAGGACCGAUGAGAAGCAAGUGGAACAUAAGAGAAUAGAUGAGGAAUCUGGCGUGAUCUAUUUCUACCUUCCUGACGGUCACAAACCGGGCACCUUUCCCAAGUCACUCGCAGAUGGGGAUCCGUUUCAGCGCAGCGACGGCAGGCUUCACCGCAGGUCCUCCACCUCGUUAGACAGUCGGUUGAGUUUCUACGACAAUGUGCCCUUCCCUAAAAUGGCGGAUGAGGAAGAGGAUGAACCAGAGGGAGAGGACGAGGAGGAGGAGCCAAAGAUGGAGGACGUCCUAGAGCGAGUGACUGGCUUGCAGCGACUGGUCAGUACAUGGACAGAAUCAGGGGCUGGAGAGGAAGAGGAUGAGGAAGAGGAAGGAGACUCGGACUCGGCUUUGGAUUCCGCCUCUCCUUGUCCUUCGUCACCGUUACAGAACCGUUUGAUGGAGACUGAGAACGGGAGCGACCAGGAGAGCACAGGGAACCCGCUCGGCGAGCAGGACGACACGGCUAGCGCCAGAGAGAGACGAGACUCUGGUGUGGGAGCGUCACUAACCCGGACUAACAGGCCUCAGAAGCUGCGCUGGCCCAGUUUCCAGAACUCGCACCGGCCGAGUGUGUCGUCGUCCACACUGCAGCUCGACUGUCAGUCGGUACUGCAGAUGAAUCUGCUGCAGAAAUACAGCCUCCUGAAACUCACCGCUCUGCUGGAGAAACACACACCUACCAACAAACACGGCUUCAGCUGGGCCGUACCCAAGUUCAUGAAGCGGAUGAAAGUGCGCGACUCGAAGGAGCGGAGUGUGUUUGGCGUGCCGCUGCAGGUGAACGUGCAGAGGAGCGGACAACCGCUACCGCAGGGCAUCCAACAGGCCAUGCGCUACCUCCGCAACCACGGUCUCGACCAGGUGGGAUUGUUCAGGAAGUCAGGGGUGAAAUCACGCAUUCAGGCUCUGCGCCAGAUGAACGAAUCGUGCGGCACAGAAGGGGGCGGAGUCAGCUACGAGGGCCAGUCAGCUUACGACGUGGCGGACAUGCUGAAACAGUAUUUCAGAGAUCUACCUGAACCGCUACUCACCAGCAAACUAUCUGACACGUUCCUGCAGAUCUAUCAGUUUAUUCCUGUGGAGCAGCGUUUGCAGGCGGUGCGCGCCGCUGUGUGUUUGCUGCCCGACGAGAGCCGUGACGCUCUACACACUCUGCUGUGUUUCCUGAGCGACGUAGCGGCGAACGUGAGCGAGAAUCAGAUGACCUGCACUAACCUGGCCGUGUGUCUGGCGCCGUCACUGUUUCACCUGAACACGGCGCGCAGGGACGCCUCGUCGCCCAGAGUGAUGAGCAGGAAGAACCCCCUGGGGAAACCGGACCAAAGAGACCUGAACGAAAACCUGGCCGCCACACACGGCCUCACACACAUGAUCCAGGAGUGCAGGAAACUGUUCCAGAUGCCUGAGGAGCUGUCCCGCUGCAGGAACUCGUACAUCGAGCAGGCGUUGGUUCCCCCGCGCAUGGAGGACCUGCUGGACGACUCCCACAGCUACAGGAGCCUCGUGAAGGAGAGCACGGACGCGCUGCUUAAAGAAGCCAAGGAAAAGUUCAAAGGUUACGACACCUGCUCGACACCCGAACACGCCGAACUCGCAUACAAAAAGGUGCACGACGGCUGGUCUCUGCGUCAGUGGAAGGUGUGUGUGGACGUGGCGGCCGGAGCGGACGAGGUUCUGCAGCGGAUCGUCCGUGAGCAGGAUCGAUGGGAUGAAGAUCUGCUCGAGAGCCGAGUGAUCGAGACACUCAACAACAACACGGAUAUUUAUCAGUACAUCCGCAACAACAUGGCGCCUAAACCAGCCACCGAUUACGUGGUGCUGAGGUCGUGGGUGACGGACCUCCCUAAAGGUGCGUGUGCAUGUGUGUGUGUGUCGGUGGAGCACGAGGCUGCGCCGGUGCUCGGUGUGCGCGCCAAUGUGAUGACAUCACGCUACCUCAUAGAGCCAACCGGCACGAACAAGAGCCGCGUUACACACAUCUCCAGGAUAGACCGCAGGGGUCGGUGUCCAGAGUGGUAUAACAAGCUGUACGGCCACCUGUGUGUCUCUGAACUGGUGCGGAUACGAGACUCCUUCACCUGCCCACUGGACAAAUAAACACACACACACACACACACACACACACACACACACACACCUGGACCAAUGAUGAUGAAGAUUCUAUAAAUCAGCCUGUCACAAGACGGCAUGUUGAUCCUCCAAGCUACAGAGAUCAUGACCUUUGCAUACUAAAGAUAAACGGUCACAUGACAGGCCUGAAAGACUGGAAUGGUUACACCUGCUGCUGUGACAUCAUCGAUGAUGUCAUGGAAGGACUUGAACAGGGGGGCGGGGGGUUUAGGGUGCUACUGCUUCUGAGAAGCAAGACAUGUUUGUGUGUGCGUGUGCGUGUGUGUGUGCGUGUGUGUGUGUUUGAUGUACGAGUCUGUUGUUGACAAGUGAGACAUAUUCCACCCUAGUAGUACACAAUAGUAUGUACACCUCUACCUGUGUGUGUGUGUGUGUGUGUGAGUUAUAUGUCAGUGUCUGCAUGACUAUUUACAGCUCUUUCACCAUAUCUCUCCUAUAUCAUGGAUGGAUGGAUGAAUGAAUGGACGGAUGGAUGGCUGGAGGUUUAUAGAUAAGCGAGAGAUAGCGGAAUCGGCGGUGUCUGGAACACCUCGCAAACGAGAGAACGAGUGACGAGCGUACGUGGGCUACUCCGGUCCGAGUGCGCUAACGAGAACUGCUUUCCUUUCAUCGCUUAUAUAAACUUACGUACGUUUUAUUUACAGAUCUUCCUAACGUCCCAGCAGUGUUAAUAAUGUUACAGUUGUUGCUAUGGUUACACCGGAGCCUCGCUCUGUUCUUGUUGCGUUUAAACGAUCCACAGAUCCCCCCACCCCCCGCCCCCCGCCCUGCCGUAUAGAUUCAUAUUUGUCGUAUUUUUCGAUCGGUGGACUCACGUUGGGAUUUUGACGUAUUUAAAUAUUCGCGAUCGGUAUUCAUGCUCGGCGUCGUACGGUAAACGGAUAUGGUUCUCGACGGUGCACUCGGGACUGUUUUUUUUUUUUUUUUUACGAAGGGAAAACGUUACUGGACCAAAAGCUACAGAGAUUAGUAUCGCGUGAUUGACGGAAUAAACGAUGGUUGUAUUUUAAAUAAAUAAAUAAAUGAAUCAGCAAGACGUGUUAAUCAGGAUGAGGCGCUAGUUAGGACGUGAUAGAGAGCGAAUGUUCGAGUCACGGCGAUGACAGGAAUAAGAAUAAGAAGUAAGAAUUGUCCGUGCAGGAAGUGCUGGAGAAAUGUGAAGAGGGAUCGUACAUGCUAACUACUGUAGCUACGUAGCGUCAACGACAGCUACUUAGCUACUUCCUUCCAAGCUUUUAUCUUUCUUUGUAAUGAGACGUUGUAUACGACGGGAUUAGAUGGAACCACAGUUUGUUUGUUUGUUUUUUCCCCUCGUAUUUCUGUGGGAACUCUGUGCAGGCAGGUUGCGAGCGGAAAACCGAAGAAACGUUCGGGAAGAAUCUCGCGCGUCGAAAUCCAAGCCAGCGAUUCGUUUGGAUUUGUCGACUCGCGAAACGUACGUAGAAAAUGAACGUCACCGGUCAGUCGUUAGCGUGAAUGUAGAGUUAGGUUCGGUCAGUCACCUUCCAGCCGUUAGCCGUGCCGUUGGCUCCGCCCCCGUGCGCCAGCGACAUUGACGGUCGCUCUGCAGACCUAAACGUCUGUUUUUUUCAUUCUUUGGACAGUGUUAAUGUAAAUGAAGUAAUUUGUUUUGCAAAAAAAAACCAAAACAAAACAAAAACAACACUUAUUUAUGCUCAUCACUCACAGAAUAUAUAAAUAUAUAUAUAUAUGUAUAUAGAUAUAUACAGAUACAGAUACAAAAACGCUGCUUGGAUUUCUCUCCACUUAACGAGAUCUCCUCAUGUUAUAACCAGAUCAUUCCGAAAUAUUUAAUAAUAACCAAAAAUAUCAGAACGUUACAACCUUGUCCAGACGAAUUGUCCGGAAAUUUCGAAAACUUAAGUAACCGCGCAAGUAAAUUUCCUGAACGCAGCAUUUUUGUGUGGCCGUGUGAAAGCUUCGCUCUAACGCCGGCGGAUCCGAUCCGAUCCGAUCCGCCCUGCUCCUGUGCCAUAAACGUGUGUGUAUGUUAAGAUAACGCAUGACUGAACGUUAAUUUAAGGCUUCGUGUAUUUAAACAAGAUAUUAUCGGGAUUUGAUUUUGUAUAUCUUUUUAUUUUAUUGUAAAUGUUACCGCUUAAAGUUACGGAAGAUGGUUUAUCUUUUUUAUAAUUAAUAUUAUUUCUGUACAGAUUAUUCGCAAAGUGCACUAUUAAAGGUAUUCAAUACUGA